AAAAAAAAGAAAACAAAGAGAAAAAGAAAGAGAAAUAGGAGGGCGGGGAGAGACAGAGAGAGAGAGAGAGAUAUGGGAGAAGCCAGAGGCGAUAGGACUACAUACACAUACACAGGAGAACUGGGGGUUGACUGGGAGGCCCCAGCUGCCACAAGGACUGGCCAGUAGGGACACCUGAGUGGGCUGGGUGUGGGGGUAGCCUUGGCUCCCUCUGACCCCACACCUUCCACCUUGGGAACCCUCCAGGCCAGACCUGGGAUGGCAGAUUCCUGCAGGAACCUCACCUACGUGCGGGGCUCAGUGGGGCCGGCCACCAGCACCUUGAUGUUCGUGGCCGGUGUGGUGGGCAACGGGCUGGCCCUGGGCAUCCUGCACGCGCGGCGACCGGCGCGCCCCUCGGCCUUCGCGGUGCUGGUCACCGGGCUGGCGGCCACCGACCUGCUGGGCACCAGCUUCCUGAGCCCGGCCGUGUUCGUGGCCUAUGCGCGCAACAGCUCCCUGCUGGGCCUGGCCCGGGGCGGCCCCGCGCUGUGCGAUGCCUUCGCCUUCGCCAUGACCUUCUUCGGCCUGGCGUCCAUGCUCAUCCUCUUCGCCAUGGCCGUGGAGCGCUGCCUGGCGCUGAGCCACCCCUACCUCUACGCGCAACUCUACGGGCCCCGCUGCGCCCGCCUGGCGCUGCCAGCCAUCUACGCCUUCUGCGUCUUCUUCUGCGCGCUGCCCCUGCUGGGCCUGGGCCAACACCAGCAGUACUGCCCCGGUAGCUGGUGCUUCCUCCGCAUGCGCUGGGCCCAGCCGGGCGGCGCCGCCUUCUCGCUGGCCUACGCCGGCCUGGUGGCCCUGCUGGUGGCCGCCAUCUUCCUGUGCAACGGCUCGGUCACCCUCAGCCUCUGCCGCAUGUACCGCCAGCAGAAGCGCCACCAGGGCUCGGUGGGUCCACGCCCGCGCACCGGAGAGGACGAGGUGGACCACCUGAUCCUGCUGGCCCUCAUGACGGGGGUCAUGGCCGUGUGCUCCCUGCCUCUCACGAUCCGCUGCUUCACCCAGGCCGUCGCCCCUGACAGCAGCAGCGAGAUGGGGGACCUCCUUGCCUUCCGCUUCUACGCCUUCAACCCCAUCCUGGACCCCUGGGUCUUCAUCCUUUUCCGCAAGGCUGUCUUCAAGCAACUCAAGCUCUGGGUCUGCUGCCUGUGCCUCGGGCCUGCCCACGGCGACUCGCAGACACCCCUUUCCCAGCUCACCUCCGGGAGGAGGGACCCAAGGGCCCCCUCGGCUCCUGUGGGAAAGGAGGGGAGCUGGGUGCCUUUGUCGGCUUGGGGCGAGGGGCAGGUGGCGCCCUUGCCUCUCACACAGCAGUCCGGCGGCAGCACCGUGGGAGCGUCGUCCAAAGCAGAAGCCCAUGUCGCCUGCUCCCUCUGCUGACAUUUGGCGCUGACCCUGUGAUCCCUGUCUUCGAGGGACAGGAACCAGAAAAUCAGGGACAUGGCUGAUGGCUGCGGAUGCUGGAACCUUGGCCCCCAAACUCUGGGGCCGAUUGGCUGCUGUUUCUCCUGCGCAGCGUAGUCGCUGCUGGCUCUGGGAAGAGAGUGCGGGGGACAGAGGAAACAUUUAUCCUGGAGCGCAGAAAGAAUGGUUCUCUCAAAAUAGCCAGUGGCCUGGCCGACCUGCUGUGGCCCUGGAUUCCCCAUCCAUCUCACUGUCUAAAUAUUUAGCAGGCGAAGAAGUUCCCAGCGGCUUCUGUACACUCAGGUCUGCUCCGGUCUGGGUGCUGGCUCCAGUCUGCGUCCACUUAGGGGGACCAGCUGCCCACCCCAAGUCCCCAGGGGAUGGCCCUCCCCUCUACCAAGCCACUCCAAGAGCCAGUCCCUCUCUGCUCCACAAAAACCAGGGUUCUUGGAAAAGCUCCCUGCCUUCCCUUGCCGCUGGUCCCCCAUCAGGCUUGGGAGCCCUGGCAUCCCAAAGGGGCAAUGGGAGAAAGGGGAGGCUGCUGCAUCGUGGGUGACAACGCAGGACAUGUGCUUGUUACAAAAAGGGCCUGAGACCUUCCACCUCGCUUGAUGGGCUGCGAGAUGAGAACUGUGAGGGUGCAGGUGGCGGGGAGACAGAUGGAGAAGCUGGAAGAUGAAGAGUAGGGGCUGGGGAUCCCAGGGACUGCCCCAGAACAAAAACCUAAGUCCUGUGCCUGUCCCCAGGGUCCUGAAUAAAUAAAUGCCUCCUUACAGAGCCUGA